UGAUCAGUGCUACCUAGUAUUUGAUAUAAUACAAUAACUAUAAUAUGAAUCUAUACUAAGUUUGAGAUAUAUAAGUCACUUGAAGAAGUCAACUAAAUCUUACCUAUAAAUUGUAUGAAAUUUCUUUAGUAUAUCUACUCUAUCAUUAUCAUCAUUAUCAUCAUUAUCAUUAAUAUCGUGUCGUCGUCUCCCUAUAUACAGGACCCAGACACUAGUAAAACUAGUCAACCUGAUAAAUAUAACUAUAAUAAAUAGAAUACUAUAACUUUCAACAUUAAUCAGUAGAUGAAUUGAAAGGUAUAUGUUAUAAUUAAUUAGAGUGAAUGCUUAUCAAAAAUAAUAUUCCAAAGAAAGAUAAUUGUACUGUAAUAUCUCGCAAGCACUUUGCAUCAAUAUGGUAGAUCGCAAAAAAAUUUGUGAGGACGUAUAGUGAAGGAAGGAAGGAAAGGUCAUCUAACAUAAGCAACAAAGAUAAGAUGUCUGUUAUCAGAUUAAGACUACCUAUAGUAUCAUUACUAAGAUAUAAUGCCACUUCUCGACAAUUUCCUACUAUAAGUAGUUGUAUAUUGAAAUAUCAAUCACCAAUUAUAAAUUCUAGAAAUUCUAGAAAUUUUUCAAAUACUAGUAGGGUAUAUUCGGAUAAGAAAAGAUUGAAUUCAACACCUAAGGAGAGCAUACUUGAGAUUGUUAAAAAGGAAAAUUCAUCAUCUUCAUUAUGGACUAUACCUAAUAUCCUUACAUAUACAAGAAUAAUAGCUACUCCAUUCAUUGGAUACUUUAUAGUUAAAGGUGAUAGUGAUCUGGCAAUUAUGUUAUUCACAUAUUCAUGCAUAACUGAUUUUAUUGAUGGUUAUAUAGCGAGAAGAUUUAAUAUGAAAUCAGUAGUUGGUUCGAUUAUUGAUCCUUUAGCUGAUAAGUUUCUUAUGACAGUAUGUACAGUAUCUCUAGCAACUGUUAAUUCAAUACCUUUAUCAGUAGCUUCAAUCAUUAUUGGAAGAGAUGUAAUAUUAAGUUUCAUGUCAUUUUAUUAUAGAUACUAUAGUCUUCAACCACCAAGAACUUUUGAUAAAUUUAUUAGUAUUAAUCAGAUUCCAACUAUAAGUGUACAUCCAAAUUUAUUAGGGAAAGUUAAUACUGGAUUACAAAUGGUUUAUAUAGGAGGAUUAGUUUUUAAACCAAUUAUUGAAACUCAAUUACUUUCUAUGAAUCUUGAUAUAUAUUUCCAAGGAAUGGGAAUGAUUGUUGGUUUAACAACUCUUUUGAGUGGAUUAACUUAUAUCUUCGGGAAGAAUUCUUUCCGAUACGUUAUCAAGAAUCAAAAGACUAAUCAAUAAUUUAGUUCUUUUACCAUUAUUUAAAUGCAUUAUCAUAUGAAUAUUGAAUGAUAAAUAAUAAUCCAAUACUUGGAUCAGUUUAACUUGAUUUAAUUUUAUAUUAUUAGUCAAAGUAAUAUUCAGAUUGAUAAUCAAUUCAACAGUUUUAGAAGGAAACUUUAUGUUAGUACGGUCAUUAUUAAAAUAUUUAAAUAAAAUAACACUAAGGAUAUUUGAAUGACAUAGUAAAAGUAGUCUAGCCUUAUUCAGUAUUCGCAUGUAAAUAUAAUAAAGAUAUUUGAACUUAAAUAUAAUAUAUGGAUUUAAAUUAUGUUCGUAAAGUAUAAUAGAAAC